AUGGAGAAAUUGAAGGCUAGUCAAGGUUGGCUACACAGAUUCAAAAUAAGAAAUGGAAUUAGACAAAUCACUUGCAAAGGUGAAAAAGCUUCUGCCGAUCAUGAUGGAUCAGUGGCUUUUCAGGAAGAAAUGACAAAGUUUUUGGAGAAAAAUGACUACACCCUCGCUGAAGAAACAGAAGCGUUUGGGUUUAAAGUAUGCAAAGAGAGGGUCACAAUUAUGACAUCUGCUAACGCUACUGGAUCGCAUCAAGUCCCAUUAUUGCUUAUUGGAAAAUCGGAGAAUCCACGAUGUUUAAAAAUUUUGAAAGACAAAUUACCUUUAAUCUACAAGGCCCAGAAAAAAUCCUGGAUGACACGAGAAAUAUUCUUGGACUGGUACAAAAAUGUCUUUAUUCCUGAUCCGAUGGAUCAAGGUGCCAUUGAGAGCAUGAAGAGGCAUUAUAAACAGUUGUUUCUCCAAAAAAUAUUGUUUGAAGAUUGUAACAGUUCCGCAACCAUAGUAAGUUUUAUAAAAAAGUGGAAGCUUUCAGACACAAUUUUUCUUGCUGUGUCAGCUUGGGAUCUUGUAACCCAACAAACUUUAUCUAUGGCCUGGAAAAAUUUAUUGGGCCUUGAAUUUAUUGAAAAGUCAUCAGAUGUAACAGAAGAAAUAACGACUUUGAAUCAAAUUCAUCGUUCUCAAACGUAUUCCACUUCAGAAGUCGAGGAGUGGAUUGCUCAAGAUAAUAGUCUCCCGACUUGGAAUCAGCUGUCCCUUGAUCAACUUAUUGAAAAAGAAACUACGGGAAAUACUGAUUUUGAGAAAGUGAUGCUGAAGAAAAUAGCAAUGAUGAACCUAAUAACACCUCAACAAAUUAUGAAGAUGACGAAACUGUACUCAACAAAGCAAAAAUAG